AUGGGGCAGCUAGCUGACCAGCUCCUGGCCCUCCUGGACGAGUCCGAGACCAUUCACCUCGCGAAGCUGCUGCUGAUGCAGGGUUUCCUCAAGGAAGAGGACGUGCCUGGUCUCAUCGCCAAUGAGCAAAGCUCUGGCCUGCAGCAUCGCCCGGUCCACAAGGCUGAUCGAUCAUCGAAGGGAGCGCGGAUGAUGCCGGCAGUGCCACAGAUGGCACCUGCUCCUGCGAUGUCCGAGCCGCUGCUGUCUCUGCCUGAUGCUUCGGGGCAUGCGGCAGCACGACAGGCAGGGGCAGGACAAGACGAAGCGGCGCAGGUGCCGGAAACCUCCCAGCCAGUGCACCUGUCCACGUUUGUCGGCUUGGUCCCGAAGCUCCAAGAGGCCUGUACUUCGCCGAUGGAUCCCAUGACGAAGCUGCAGCAGCUUCCUACCAUUGCAGAGCACCUGAUGAGCCUGCCAGGAUUGGAUCCCAGCCAGUGGCUUCCAACCUUUCUCCAGAUGAUGCAAGAGCUGCUGGCUGCAGGCCCACAGAUACCAGCCAGAGGAGCCGCAAACCCAGGCGAUCCACCUGCAGCGCACGGGGUGCUCAGAACCCAACACCAGGAGUGGGCAAGCAUUUCGGCUGCUAGUGACCUGCCUGCGUCAGAGAGCAUCGACGAGGAGGAUGGCGCCGCCGUGGAGCAGUGGACCUACAUCGGCAGCUCCAGUACAGACGAACGUGGUGAGGCCUUGCCUUCGACAUCCAAGGCUGUGACAUCUUUCAUCAUCCAGAACCUCCCGCUCGACUUCAACCAGCAACAGGUCAUGGAUUUCAUCGACGGUUUCGGGUACCGGGAUCUCUAUGAUGUGCUUCUGUGGUUCCCAGCCAAGAAAUCCAGCCGACGUCAAACAUCCAGCGCCUUUAUCAACUUUCGUAGUCCCGAGCUUGCGGUAGUCUUCCGCACGCAGUUCCACAACUCCAAGAUAACAGAUGGCGACACGAAGCUGAACAUUUGUCCGGCCAUCGUGCAGGGCUUCACAGAAAACUUCGUCAAGUUUUGGCACCUGACCCAGAAGGACCCCCACAGUGGGAGCAUCUGCUGCCCCUACUUUGCAUCCGACCAGAUAGAGAAGGUAGCCGAAGACGUUUGGAGCCGAGCACGGGCGAUGCUCGACACUUCCGGUCAAACGCGAGGAGUCGCUACGGAGUGGUCCGCGACCACCCUCGUCAUCCGAAAUCUUCCUGACGUCUUGGCCAGUCAAGAGGAGGUGGUCUGUUGGCUCGAUGAGGUCGGACAUGGACGAGGUUACGACUUCCUCCUCUACGUGCCAAAGAAGACGAACCCGGUCGUUUCCCAGGUUGCCAGUGGUGCUUACGUGUUUGUCAACUACCGGAGUCCGCACCUGGCACAGGAUUGCUUCCAUGCUCUUCAGCACAAGGCAGUCGACAACGGCACGACCAAGGUGGUCCUGAACGUGGUGAUUUCGAAGCUCCAGGGCAAGCAGGCGCUGAGCGAGCGCUUCAAAGACCUGGCCAAGAGCGGCAGGCUGGUGCCUCUCGUGGAUGAUCGGACAAGUGAGCAGCUCGACAUCCAGAAGACACAGGGAUCACAGCGGCCCACGUCCUGGAUGUACCAGUAG